CGGAAGUUGGAGUUCAGCUGCGGUGGUAAAGGCGGCUACCAGCGUGAACCCAGAGCUGAGGUUCUUGGUCUUCCACAAUGGGUGAGCCACAGCAAGUAAGCGCCCUCCCACCCCCUCCAAUGCAGUACAUCAAGGAGUAUACAGAUGAAAAUAUUCAGGAAGGCCUCGCUCCCAAGCCUCCACCUCCGAUAAAGGACAGUUACAUGAUGUUUGGCAACCAGUUCCAAUGUGAUGAUCUUAUCAUCCGCCCUUUAGAAAGUCAGGGUAUUGAACGGCUUCAUCCUAUGCAGUUUGAUCACAAGAAAGAACUGAGAAAACUCAAUAUGUCUAUCCUUAUUAAUUUCUUAGACCUCUUAGAUAUCUUGAUAAGGAGCCCCGGGAGUAUAAAACGAGAAGAGAAGCUAGAAGAUCUUAAGCUGCUUUUUGUGCAUGUGCAUCAUCUCAUAAAUGAAUACCGACCCCACCAAGCAAGAGAGACCUUGAGAGUCAUGAUGGAGGUGCAGAAACGUCAGCGCCUUGAGACAGCCGAGAGGUUUCAGAAGCAUCUGGAACGAGUCAUUGAGAUGAUUCAGAAUUGCUUGGCUUCUUUGCCUGAUGAUUUGCCCCAUUCGGAAGCAGGGAUGAAAGUAAAAACUGAACCAAUGGACGCCAAUGAUAACAGUAAUUGUGCUGGACAGGAUGAACAACAAAGAGAAAAUUCAGGUCAUAGGAGAGAUCAGAUUAUAGAGAAAGAUGCUGCCUUGUGUGUCCUAAUUGAUGAAAUGAAUGAAAGACCAUGAAGGAUGUUUCUUUUUCUUCUUUUUUUCCCCCCAGUAAAUAGCAUAUAUAUUAGUUAAUUCACUUUUAGAGAAUCUCAAAAGAGAUAUAACUAGAAGUCUUGCAAGCAGCAAGUGUCGAACUUUCUCGAUUGAGACGUCACAGGCAGUAAUUUCACUUUAUGGCAAGCAUGGGUAGAUGAGUGUGCCUACGUUAGGAGUAAUCACCUUAAAAAGCAGAGUGUUUGCAGCUAUUGUGUGGAACAUCCCUAUUUUUGAAGUUGCAGUAAACUUUGAAGAUACCUCAGUAAUAGCAGGUUUUCAUCCCUGAAAAGUAGAUUUGUCAUUUGCUUUAAGCAUGAUAGAUAAUAAAGGACAUCAAACUUUAUAAAUGUGAAA